GGGCAGACUCACACACACACAGCUAUAUCCUAUAUGUUGAUUCAUUAUACUUGCAUGCAUUCUUAAUUUGUGUAGUUUCUUGAUCUAUUAAUUAUACAUCAUGGCAUGCAUGCUCUCAUCCAUUCAAUUGCCUUUGAAAACUUUAUAUUAGUUAGUAAAUUAACAUAUAUAUGGAGGAGAAGGUAAUUAGGCCAUUCUAUCAUGAGCACCCUUUGAUUUUAAAAGAAAAUAAUGUGGAGAGAGUAGAUUGCUAUGGAUGUGGAAAUCCCAUAGCUAAUUUGGAGAUGGUAUAUGUUUGUAUGGAUGAUGAUAGAAUGAUCCUCCACAAAAAGUGUGGAGAAUUGCCUAAUGAAAUAAGGCACCCGAAACACCCUCAGCAUCCCAUCCACCUAUUCGAUUUCCACCCACUGAAGCUCCAUAGAUGCGAUGUUUGCCGUCGCGACAUCAAGCUACUCGGCUACCGAUGCUCUAUCUGCGAGUUCGACGUGGACGUAGCGUGCGAGAAGAUCGGCAUCGAUGCCAUAACCGAGGAGAGGGAGGAGCUGCGGCACCCGAGCCAUCCUCAUCACCCUCUCACGCUCAUGAGAAAGCCCGCCUUUGCGUUUCACUGCGAUGGCUGCGGCGAUCGGGAUGUGGACAUGGCCUACAUAUGCAGCGCUUGCGAGUAUAUGGUUCACAAGAGGUGCGCCGCGUUGCCCCUCCGGCGUGAGAGCCGCCACCACCACCACCACCUCUGCCUGGCCUUCUCCUUCCCCGAGAAGCAUCGGAGAUACGCGUACGAGUGUGAGGUUUGUGAUAAGCUUUUGGAUAGGACGUGUUGGCUCUAUUUUUGUGGCGAUUGCAGAUACUUUGUCCACGUCAACUGCGCUGGGUCCUCCACAUUACCACGCUCGAAUGAAGAUGACGAUGUGAUUGAGUUUCCACUAGAUGCGAAGGAUGUCUCCGACAAGUUAAUCACACCUUUUGUCAUGAGAGAAAAAGGUGGUAACUACAUCCCAAUCCCAAACACUAGUAGUAGUAAUUCAAUAUUUAUAUUCAAAAUUCACGAGCACCCUUUGAGUUUAGUUAGGGAAGCUGCAGAAGAUGAUGAGUUGAAGAUAUGCAACGCAUGCAUAACUCCCAUAUCUUCUCCUCCAUACUACAAGUGUGAUGUUGAUGUUUGCUCAUAUUUCAUCCACUCCAUUUGCUGCUUCUUACCCAACACUCUACACUCAUAUCAACUAUACGGCGACUGCCAAGAAAUACCCAACAAAACCCACAUCUUCAGCCUCUACAAAUCAAAGGGCAGGAUCUCGCAUUGGAAUUGCCAGCUGUGUGGCUUCCCCACCAACGGAAUGGGGUACGCGUGCGACGACUGCGGGAUGAAGAUAGACAUCAAGUGCGCGUCUCUACCAACAAGUAUCAGGCACGCAUCUCGCCCUCGUCACAAGCCUCUACUCCUGACUGCUAGGGUUAAUGAAGAAGAAGAAGGUAAGAGCAACAUCAACAUGUGCCGUGUUUGUUACGCUAGGGUUAAAAUAGGGUAUCGCUCCAGUGAGCACGACGACGACCGGGAUUUCGCCUUGGGAUUGGAAUGCGCGCUGCUGCCGAUGAGCAUAGCAGAGCGGGAGUGGGACAAGCACACGUUGUCGCUAACGUUCAACGCGUGUCUGGACCAUCCCUCCGAUUUCUUCUGCGAGUUUUGUGAGAUAGAAAUGUAUCCCAAGGGCUGGAUGUAUCACUGCCGCCACUGCGAUGUUUCCUUCCACAUUUUUUGCAUGAGGAACGCUUCUGGUCGCUACAGAAACGUCAAGUUUGGGAGGAGGCUCGAGUUGGGAGAUAUUCACUCGAAUCACCCUCUCACUUUCACUCACGUCACUCUCAAGAGAAGAUGCGAUCUUUGCCAUAAAACCAAUGUGUUUACAUAUCUUGGAUUUGAAUGUGCCUCCUGCUACUUUGUUGUGUGUGAGGAUUGUGGAUGUAAAGAGUUGGAAAAGAUUUCAGUUUCUUAAACUCUAAUUAAAUGAGUGUGGACUCUAUUUAAUUAUC